AUGAGUAUUGGUAGAACAGUUUACAAUGCUUUAUUUCGGCGAACUUCAACCUUUGCUGUAACCAUUUUUGUUGGAGCAUUUGCAUUUGAGAGAAUCUUUGAUGUUGGAAUGGAUAACUUAUGGGAAACUAUGAACCGAGGGGUGAGCUGACUCAAUAUUUGGUUUUAACAGAUAGUCAGUUUGUUUACGUACUGAACGUAAAUUUGUGAGGUAGAGAUAUAAAGCUUGUACUUUACUGCUAGUAAUGUGAUCGUAAUGAGAAAUACAUUUAGUUAUUAACUAUGCGAGUUAGGUUAUUUGAUAUGAAAUUACACAAGAUCAAACGAUACUUGAUAAAUUAAUAUCAGAAGGAAAUAUUAAAUGUACUAUUUGAUGAAAUUUUAAGUUGUAUGUUAAAUAACUCAGUUAGGUUUUAGUGUAUCGUUACUACUCAGAAUUUAAUCAGAAAUCAUUGAAACCAAUCCAUUAGUCGCAGUGGGUAACUGCAUGCAGAGCAACCGCAGAAUACCCAGCCACUCAUUUACAUGUCAUUGAAUAAGAAUAGUGUCUAUUGUGUUAUGCCUUGAUCUUCAAAGCCUCCAAACACAUGUAAGUGAGGUGGACCAAAGUGAGCAGCAUUCUGCAGUUUAGCCCUGCAUGCAGUAUACUCAGAUAGUUGACUACAUUACUCAAAAGCAUUUGAGUGUACUGGAAGCAAUACUACAUGCCAUACAGAAUUCUUAGUUUAUGAUAACUUGAUUUAAGGGAUAAAAAGGUGUUCUAGGUAUUAUAAGGACAAGAAAUUCAGGUACUUUAUGGUGUCUAUAUAGCAUGUACUUCUUCAUGUAGAAUGCAGUCAGUUUAGUCACUUCAUGUCAGAUUGUUCUGAAAAGGGAUUUAAUGGUUCCACAGAAAUAGGUCAUUCCACAAAUAUAACAGUUGCAAUAAGUAAGAAAGAUACACAGACCAAGAUUAUUAUCUCACAGAAACUAUUAGGGAAGGAGUCUAUACUUAAUGCCAAACUAACUGCCUUCUUUUGUAGAAAUAUCAGAUAAAAAAGUGACUAUAAACCAUAGGAAAUAAUUAGGUAAAUCACCCUAGAUGCAGCAUAGUAAUUUGCCUCUUACAAAAUCUUAUAACCUUCCUGUCUGAAUAGAAAGGUACCUUUCACGUUUUCUUUCUAGCUCUGAUUCUAGGUAAACAAAAAUCUUGUGAAUGCAUCAUUGAUUUGUAUUUAUUUGUGCAAAAAACACCCAUAUCUUUUGCCUUCUUUUAUCACCAGAAAUUGUGGAAUCACGUCAAGCACCGAUAUGUCAAAAAUGCUGAAGAUGAUGAUGAAUGA